AUGAAUGUAUUGCAUUUAAUUAAACAAGCAAAUACACUUUCACCAAGAAUCCAAGCCCUAUUAAAAGAAAGUAACCAGAUCAAGUCUGUUGAGGAUAAAAGCACCAGAACUCUAUUUCCACGUGAUGUGUUAAAGGCUAGAUUGACGGACCUAGAGUUCCGAGUAACACAAGAGAAACAUACAGAGAAACCUUUCACCGGAAAAUAUUUGAAUGAAAGAUCGCGCGGAAUAUAUAAAUGUGUUGUAUGUGGCUCGAAACUGUUUAGUAGUGAGGCGAAAUUCUUCUGUAGUUGUGGGUGGCCUGCAUUUAACAGUCCUGUUGGACUAAACUGUCUUAUUUCAUCUAUUGAUUUAUCUUCAGGUGAUGUUCGUGUAGAAGUUUCCUGUAAACAAUGCAAUGCACAUUUGGGACAUGUAUUUGACGAUGGACCAAAGCCUACAGGUCUUAGAUAUUGUAUUAAUUCUUGCGCUUUAACCUUUGAACCCUCGGAUGAUGAUGAUAAUAAUAAUAAUUCGUCCAAUUUAAACUCAUCUAUUACAUGA